AAAUACUAGGGUUUCUAAAGCAUAUUUCAUCCCUCUCUCUCUCUCCCCAUUCUCUCUCUGCGUGUGAGUGUGUGUGUAAGCAAUGCUCCCUGAUAUACUUCGACCAUUUCGAAAUGAAAAAUCAAGGACCAAGAAAACAAGGUGCAGAAGGAAUGAAGAAGAAAGAGAAGAGGAAGAAGAAGGGCAGGUUUAUUAUGUGCCAUUCCACAGAGAUCGACCCCCCAAACACACCUCUUUAAGAUCCCACAAUUAUGACAGAAAUCACUCAAGAAACGAUCAAAACCUCAAGAGAACGAGCAGCAAGGUCUCCCAUUUCUCCGAUCUGAUCCAGCGCGUCACCGCCUCCUGCCUCCUCCACCCCCUCGCCGGCGUCUCCCGCGCCGCCGACCUCUCCGCCGCCGGCAGCGACGACGACCGCUACCGAAACGCGGCCACGGCGGAGGAGAAUUAUUUCAAGGAGGAGGACGACGGCGACGACCUAAAACUGCACUCCGAAUGGGGCGGGGAGAAGCCGCCGCCGGCUAGGAUAACGGAGGUGGAGAUGCUGAUGCGGCAGGUGUUCGACGCGGUGUCGGUGAUGAAGCGGGCGUACGUUAGCCUGCAGGAGGCGCACUGCCCCUGGGAUCCGGAUAAGAUGCGCAUCGCCGACGUGGCGGUGGUGGCGGAGCUGCGGAGGGUGGGUCUGCUGAGGGAGAGGUUCAGGAGGAGCGUGGGAGGCGGCGGAGGGAGGUGGGGAGUGGGGGCGGCGGCGCUGCGGGAGGCGGUGGCGCCGUACGAGGCGGCGGUGGAGGAGCUGAAGAAGGAGGUGAAGGUGAGGCAGGCGGAGAUUGAGAAUCUGAGGGAGAAUCUCAAAAUGGCGACGUCGGUCGACCGUGGCAAGUGGAAGGGCAAGUCUAAGAGGAGAGUCAGCUGCACCACUCAAGUGGGAGCUGCUCCAGCAGUGGAGCUAUUUGAAUCAACAAUGGGUUUAGUAAAAGAAGCCUCCAAAGCCUUCACAUCACUCCUCCUCUCCCUCAUGCGCUCGGCACACUGGGACAUCGCGGCGGCAGUCCGUUCCAUCGAGGCGGCGUCUUCCACCAACGCCACCAUGAACAACCCGACCAUCACCACCACCUUCACCGACUCCAUAGCUGGUGCCAGCCACGCCAAGUACGCCCUGGAGUCGUACGUGAACCGCAAGAUCUUCCAAGGGUUCGACCACGAGACGUUCUACAUGGACGGCAGCCUCUCCUCAUUGCUCCACCCGGACCAGCACCGCAGGGACUGCUUCACCCAGUACAGAGACAUGAAGGCGAUGGACCCGGUCGAGCUCCUCAGCAUUUUGCCUGCGUGCAGCUUCGGCAACUUCUGCUUCAAGAAGUACCUAUCUAUAGUGCACCCGAAGAUGGAGGAGUCGUUGUUCGGGGAUCUGGAGCAGCGGCAACAGGUGCUGGAUGGACACCACCCGAGGAGCCAGUUUUACGGGGAGUUUCUCGGGCUGGCUAAGGGGGUCUGGUUGUUGCAUCUGCUGGCAUUCUCCCUCGACCCCCCUCCGAGCCAUUUUGAGGCGAGCAGGGGAGCCGAGUUCCACUCGCAGUAUAUGGAGAGCGUGGUGAGGGUCUCCGGUAGCAACGGAGGAUCCAAGGUGGGGAUGGCCAUGGCCGUGGGGUUCCCUGUGAGCCCCGGUUUCAAGGUCGGGAACGGCUCAAUUAUCAAGGCUAGGGUGUAUCUGGUGCCUAAGAUCUGAUAUCUGGUGCCUAUAAUUCUGCUAUGUAUUGUGCUUCGGAUUGUGCCUAAUAUUUUGUGUUGCUAUUUGCUAUAUAUAUCAAGAUUAUGAUCAAGACUUAA